GGUUGGGCUGUGCUGCUGGACCGCAGUCAGAGGAGACUCCAGCUGGUCCUGCUUCCCCCGGCCCUCUUCAUCCCCAUCACAGACGACCCGGCCCAGAGGCAGGAGAGCCUGGAGGCCGUGCCCGAGGACGUCCACCCCUACAUCAUCUACGAGGAGACCACCGACAUCUGGAUCAAUGUGAGAGAGCCAGGGAUGGGGGGGGUUCUGGGGAUGGCACUUCUCAAGAGGCUGUGCACAUCUGGGUCAUGUUCUGAGCAUGAACAGGGAAAAUAAACAUGUUGUUAAGAUGGAACAUGAAUAUGGUUUGGUAAUGGAGGGGCACUCUCAUUUCUCACAGAGGGGCCCCUCAAUUUAAUCAAUUUGUACUAUAUGAGAUAAUUGUAGCUACCAGAUAUGUGGUUAGUAUUAUGUGUACAGUGAAUCAUAAGACUAGAUUUGGUUAUCAUGCCCUUUAAAAAAUAAAGGUUUGAUGCUUGUUGGGAACUACGCUUGGAACAUUUUAAUUGCAUGUUGAGUUUGGUUAUUGAAUUUACACUCAAUUGACAGUCGGCAGGUAGGCGGCAGGUAGCCUAGUGGUUAAGAGCAUUGGGCCAGUAAAGGUCGAUGGUUCGAAUCUCCGAGCUGAUUUGGUGAAAAAUCUGUCAGUGUGCCCUUGAGCAAGGCACUUAACCCUAAUUGCUCCUGUAAGUCGCUCUGGAUAAGAGCGUCUGCUAAAUGACUAAAAUGUAAAACAGUCGCUAUAUAUUUACAUUAUGUUGACAUAUACACUCAGAACAUCCUCAAUUCGUCGGGGCAUGGACUCUACAAGGUGUCGAAAGUGUUCCACAGGGAUGCUGGCCCAUGUUGACUCCAAUGCUUCCCACAGUUUUGUCAAGUUGGCUGGAUGUCCUUUGGGUGGUGGACCAUUCUUGAUAUCCACGGGAAACUGUUGAGCAUGAAAAACCCAGCAGCGUUGAAUAUACAAAUUGAUUUUAUCAAACAAAACUAUGCUACAUUUUAUCUCUGGGACCCUCAGGAUGACAAAUCAGAGCAAGAUUACUGAAUGUAAGUACAUUAUUUACCUUCAGAGGUUAAUGUAUCCAACCAGUUGCCAUGACAAAAGUAUUUUGUUGUUGUGCACUAUCCUCAAAACAACAGCAUGGUCUUUUUUAGCUGUAAUAACUACUGUAAAUUGGACACUGCAGUUAGAUUACAAUAAUUAAAGCUUUCUGCCCAUAUAAGACAUGUCUAUGUCCCGGAAAGUUGGCUGUUGUUUACAACUCCAUUCUAGUCACAUAUCGCAUAUUGAGCAGCAACCGUCCCGGUAUAGGGAUGCCAAUCCUGUAGAGGUUUUAACCUGUGUCCUCCCCGUCAUCUACACUGAUUGAAGUGGAUGUAACAAGUGACAUCAAUAAGGGAUCAUAGCUUUCACCUAGAUUCACCUGGUCAGUCUAUGUCAUGGAAAGAGCACGUGUUCCUAAUGUUUUGUACACUCUGUAUAUUUGCAUGGAAGAAUUGGGCCACAACAAACUAAUAACAACCAUGUUUUUCUGUUGCCCACAGGUUCAUGAUAUUUUCUAUCCAUUCGUUCAAACGUCAGAGGAUGACUUCUCUUUCAUAUGGGUGAAUGAAUCCAAAACGGGCUUCAGCCAUCUGUACAAAAUCACAUCAACAUUGCGACCAGGCUGCUACCAAUGGUCAGGAAACUAUACACAUACAGAGGGUGAGACAUUAGAAUAAAGAACCUUAAACAAAAUCAAAUUGCCUGAGUCCCAGAUCUGUUUGUGCUGUCUUGCCAAUUUUAUUGCUGUCAUUGUCAUGCUUGGUGUGACGGCACAAACAGAUCUAGGACUCAGGCUUUGUCCUUCCUUCCUUGAGCUAAUCACUGAUCUGUAUGUGUCACGGUUAAGUGAAGGCAAGAUCUUGAAGGCAAUAGGAUGUAACCUCAAAAGAUCUGUGGUCGCCAUCCGGGCGUCAGAUUGCUGCACUGUCAGUCUGGUCAGUGUAAUAAAAGACGUCAAAACAGCAUCUCAAAUCUCGAUGGUCUCUUCUUCCUCUGUAGGAGACUUUAAAUGUGCAAUCAAGGAGGAGGUGACUCUGACCAGUGGAGAGUGGGAGGUGUUGGCCAGGCAUGGCUCCAAGGUAGGAACUUCAGUUAAUCCGAUUAAAGCCCUUCUUGUCAGUGUUUUUAUAAUCUGAUGUAGUAGAUAUGUUUAUAAUGGAUUUGUGUGUGCCCACGCUAUUGCAAGAUUAUAAUGUACUUUCUGCCAACAAUAUGAAUAUUGUGUGAUCUCACUCUCUCUCUCUCUCUCUCUCUCUCUCUCUCUCUCUCUCUCUCUCUCUCUCUCUCUCUCUCUCUCUCUCUCUCUCUCUCCCUCUCUCCCUCUCUCCCUCUCUCCCUCUAGAUCUGGGUGAAUGAGGCCUCUAAGCAGGUGUACUUCCAGGGCACUAGAGACACCCCUCUGGAGCACCACCUCUAUGUGGUCAGCUAUGAGUCCCCUGGCGACGUGGUCAGACUCACCAAGCCUGGCUUCUCCCACAGCUGCUCCAUAAGCAAGGUAUGGACUCGACAAAUAUUAUUUAACUAACGUUAGCAUUACCCUUAACCCUGACCCUAAUAAUGCAGAGUAGGAAGUAUACAUUUACUCUUUGGACUGACCUAACAGUAGUAGGCUAGAUCAGCAUUUGAUUUUGUAACAACUUAUGGGGUGCCUGGCUGCCUGGCAUGCAGUGCUAUUGGGAAGCUUUUGGGUGCCAAGCCCCCCUCUGGCACCCCUGUAAUUACAACUCUUACCCCAAAAUGCAUUCUUGAAACCGGGCUACAGGUUUUGAUGGAAUAGAUCCCUCUGUCAUUUACUAGCCAUCUUGCCAAACAACACGCUGCAGUAGGUAGUACCAACAAACACUGUAACAACCCUGACCUCUGACACGCUGCACUCAAUCAACCUCUCCCCACGCUUCAUCAGAUCAUGCCACACAAGUACCUUAGGGAUGUACAGCUGAUCUCUUGUCUAUGAGAAGCCUGGUUACAUCAGGGAGCGUUGUGGAACUGCCCAUGUCAUACUGUGUAACCAUCUGGUCAUUCUGUGUGUGUGUGUGACACAUAGAGAGGAUAUUGAUGUAUGUUGCUACAAUAUAAUGGAUAAUGCUGUGUAGUGGGGUGUGGCCUGUUGUGUAGGCCUCUGGACCCAUGUGGAAAUACACAGGGAGUUGGUUCUGAAGCUGAUGGUCUCAGAUCAGUUGUGUGAUUCUUUUUUUUAGUAUACCUCUAACUUUAUAAGAUGAGCGACAAAGCUGGCUUGAAAUUAGGGCCCAGUGACAUUCUGUCUCCGAUGUGAAGAUAAGAAGAUUCAUUCACCGCCAUUCAUCUUUGUCUCCUUCUCUCACUCCUUCUGUAUCUCCCCUCUUCCUCUAUCUUUCACUGUAUUCCCCCUCUCUACUGCGUGCUCUGUCGCUAUUCUUUACUCUCUCUUUCUCUCUCCCCUCCCUCUUUCUCUUUCGCUCUCUCUUCUCUCUGCAGAACUUUGACAUGUUUGUCAGCCACUACAGUAAUGUAAGCACUCCCCCCUGCGUCCAUGUCUACAAGCUGACCGGCUCAGAGGGAGACCCUCUCCACAUGGUGCCUGAGUUCUGGGCCAGCAUGAUGGAAGCCCCAGGUAAGGGUGACAGGAUGAGAGGGUUUAGGCCUCAUUCCAAUACUUUAAUACACAUCCUUCCUUCCUGAGUUCUGGGCCAGCAUGAUGGAAGCCCCAGGUUAGGAACAGAGGGGUGAGGCCCCAUUCCAAUAGCUCAUCAGGCAUUUAUGUUACAGUGCAUUUGGAAAGUAUUCAGACCCCUUGACUUUUUCCACAUUUUGUUACGUUACAGCCUUAUUCAAAAAUGGAUUAAAUUAUUUUUUCCCCCUCAUCAAUCUACACACAAUACCCCAUAAUGACAAAGAAAAAAAAGGUUUUUACAUUUGUUUGCAAAUGUAAUAAAAUAAAAAAAAAUGAAAAAUCACAUUUACAUAAGUAUUCAGACCCUUUACUCAGUACUUUGUUGAAGCACCUUUGGCAGCGAUUACAGCCUCGAGUCUUCUUGGGUAUGACGCUACAAGCUUGGCACACCUGUAUUUGGGGAGUUUCUCCCAUUCUUCUCUGCAGAUCCUCUCAAGCUCUGUCAGGUUGGAUGGGGAGCGUCGCUGCACAGCUAUUUUCAGGUCUCUCCAGGGUUCAAGUCCAGGCUCUGGCUGGGCCACUCAAGGACUUUGAGACUUGUCCCGAAGCCACUCCUGCAUUGUCUUGGCUGUGUGCUUAGGGUUGUUGUACUGUUGGAGGUGAACCUUUGCCCCACUCUGAGGUCCUGAGCACUCUGGAGCAGGUUUUCAUCAAGGAUCUCUCUGUACUUUGCUCUGUUCAUCUUUCCCUCACUCCUGACUAGUCUCCCUGCCACUAAAAAACAUCCCCACAGCAUAAUGCUGCCAACUCCAUGCUUCACCGUAGGGAUGGUGCCAGGUUUCCUCCAGACGUGACGCUUGGCAUUCAGGCCAAAGAGUUCAAUCUUGGUUUCAUCAGACCAGAGAAUCUUGUUUCUCAUGGUCUGAGAGUCCUUUAGGUGCCUUUUGACAAACUCCAAGCAGGCUGUCAUGUGCCUUUUACUGAGGAGUGGCUUCCAUCUGGCCACUCUACCAUAAAGGCCUGAUUGGUGGAGUGCUGCAGAGAUGGUUGUCCUUCUGGAAGGUUCUCCCAUCUCCACAGAGGAACUCUGGAGUUCUGUCAGAGUGACCAUCGGGUUUUUGGUCACCUCCCUGACCAAGGCCCUUCUCCCCCGAUUGCUCAGUUUGGCCGGGCGGCCAGCCCUAGGAAGAGUCUUGGUGGUUCCAAACUUCUUCCAUUUAAGAAUGAUGGAGGCCACUGUGUUUUUGGGGACCUUCAAUGCUGCAGACAUUUUUUGGUACCCUUCCCCAGAUCUGUGCCUUGACACAAUCCUGUCUUGGAGCUCUAUGGACAAUUCCUUCCACCUCAUGGCUUGGUUUUUGCUCUGACAUUCACUGUCAACUGUGGGACCUUAUAUAGACAGAUGUGUGCCUUUCCAAAUCAUGUCCAAUCAAUUGAAUUUACCACAGGUGGACUCCAAUGAAGUUGUAGAAACAUCUCAAGGAUGAUCAAUGAAAACAGGAUGCACCUGAGCUCAAUUUCGAGUCUCAUAGGAAAGGGUCUGAAUACUUAUGUAAAUAAAGUAUUUACGUUUUUUAUUUGUAACAAAUUUGCAAAAAUGUCUGAAAACCUGUUUUCACUUUGUCAUUAUGGGGUAUUGUGUGUAGAUUGAUGAGGGGAAAAAAAUAUUUAAUCCAUUUCAGAACAAGGCUGUAACGUAACAACAUGGAAAAAGUCAAGGGGUCUGAAUACUUUCCGAGUGCACUGUAUAUUCUUCAAGAAUCAAUAGGUAUAUUAAAGUCAAAAGUCAAAAAAUUUAUGUAGCAAUCGCAGAUUACCCCUUUAAAGACUUAUCGUUCCUUCCUUCCUUUAGGCGAUCACUGAUCUAACUGGAUAGGUGUAAACUCUACAAUGGGAUUCUGAGUUACUCCUAUCCAGUUGUGUAAGAUCUGUGAUUACUUCAAGGAAGUGCAGAGGGAAUGGCGUAAACCAAUGCUGCCGAAUAAACACACAGUAUGAAAAAAAGUAUGCGUUGAUUUUAGACUGCCCUUUACUUAGUCACUUCUGAGUGGCCCAACCCAUAUGACUCGCUAAUACUUUAAAGCAAAAUAUCUUACAACAUCAUUACAAUGAGGUCAUGGGUGUUUCAUAGUGACCUUUGCACCAUAGGUAAACCAAGCUAAAUCCAGAUCUUAUUAAAUAAUCACAUUGGUCUAUUUUGGAGUAAUACUUUGUGCAUAGUACAUGUUGCAUAAUUAAGAGGAGAUUUGUAAGUGAAGGUCAGCUAUCUUUGUAUUUUAGGAACAAAACAAUCAAUAUAUAAAUAUUUAGAGUAGAGUUGAAGCUGAGUGUUGAUUUAUUUCAAGGCAGUGGCGUCACCAGGAAUCUUUCACUAGGGUAGCUAAGGGGUAGUAGGUUGGUCGUUGUGUGGGGGGAGUGGCAAGACCAUAAGGCCAUCGAUUUAUUAAAGCUACAAUCUGGGAUCUGUUCAAUGUUCAAUUCAAUUAUUUAUAUAUAUUUAUGAAUUUGAGAGUGGAGACAUUUCCCCAGCCCCAUCCCUCAACUAUAUACUAGAACAAGUAGCAGGGCUGCCGUUUUGCUGAAAAACGUAUCCCAGAUUGUAGUUUUAAACUGGGUGGGCAAUUUUAUGUCAGUCAAUUAUUGAUGUCAUCAGUACUUUGCUGUGUGUAUUUCAGGUUGCCCAGGAGACUACAGAUCUCCGGAGAUCUUUGACUUCCCAGGAAAGUCGGGCUUCCAGCUCUAUGGAAUGGUGUACAAGCCUCACAACCUCCAGCCUGGCAAGAAGCAUCCCACAGUCCUCUUUGUCUACGGCGGCCCGCAGGUUUGUGGCUUCUCUCAAACAUAAACAUUUUCUUCUUUCAUGAGAAAUUCCUUAUAGAAAUCCAGUCAGAUCUGUGAGCACCAAAGGGGUAGGAACUAGGGAAGGAGCCAGGGGCUGAAAUGGAACUGGUCCUUUAUGACCUAUUUGUAACUAGCAAUAAUAGUGAAUGCUUUCCUAUUUAACCCAGGAAAUAGCCAUACCAAGCUCUGUCACCUUGUUUUUCACAUACAGUAACAGUACGUGUACAAGGCUGAAGUCCUCUAUAGGGCUGACCCAAACCUCACUGUGCUUGCUAAAAUAUUUUCUUUUCACGUGAUCCUUUCCAGCAUGGUUCCAGCAUCUAUGGUGUAUGCGUAAUCAGGCCAGCCCAGGGCAGCUCGGCUCUGCUAGGUUUGUCUCAGCGGUGUGAAAAGGGUAUGUGUGUGUGUCCACAGGUCCAGUUGGUGAAUAACUCCUUUAAGGGGAUGAAGUACCUGCGUCUCAACACCCUGGCCUCUCUGGGAUACGCUGUGGUGGUCAUCGAUGGGAGGGGCUCCUGUCAGAGGGGCCUGGAGUUCGAAGGGGCUCUGAAAAACAAAAUGGUAGGGUUGGUCGAAAGCAACUUCCAACCCAUAUCUUUGCUUUUUGUUUAUAAGUGCUUUCAAUACAAGUAUUUUUGUGUAUAAGCAUUAAGGUACCCAUGUUCUACUUUAGACAAAGCAAUGGCAAAUUGUACAGUGCUAUGAAAAAGUAUUUGCCCCCUUUCUAAUUUUCUCUACUUUUGCAUAUUUGUGAUACUGAAUGUUAUCAGAUCUUCAACCAAAACCUAAUAUUAGAUAAAGGGAACAUAAGUGAACAAAUAACAUAACAAUUACAUAUUUAUUUCAUUUAUUUCAUAAACAAAGUUAUGCAACACCCAAUUCCCCUGUGUGAAAAAGUAAUUGCCCCCUUACACUCAAUAACUGGUUGUGCCACCUUUAGCUGCAAUGACUCCAACCAAAUGCUUCCUGUAGUGGUUGAUCAACCACUACAGGAAGCAUUUGGUUGGAGUCAUUGCAGCUAAAGGUGGCACAACCAGUUAUUGAGUGUAAGGGGGCAAUUACUUUUUCACACAGGGGAAUUGGGUGUUGCAUAACUUUGUUUAUGAAAUAAAUGAAAUAAAUAUGUAAUUGUUAUGUUAUUUGUUCACUUAUGUUCCCUUUAUCUAAUAUUAGGUUUUGGUUGAAGAUCUGAUAACAUUCAGUAUCACAAAUAUGCAAAAGUAGAGAAAAUUAGAAAGGGGGCAAAUACUUUUUCAUAGCACUGUACCUUGCCAACGAAGGCUGUUCCAGUUGUCCAGGUUAAUUAAAGCACAUGUGAGCAGCAUAUACCAUGUGCUGGCUUCCUUUUAUUUAUUAAUAAUACUUCAUACUAUUUAUUAAUUGGACAGCACCGGUGUGACUUUGGGAUGUUCACUUAAUAUCUCUCACAUCUUUGAUCUUUCAUCCAGACUAUGAAUCAUUUUGUGAAUUUUAGAACCAUGUUAAUUCUGCCCAAGUCAUCUGGACAUGUGGAUGUAUCAGUGUGACUAAUGCCCUCCUCUCUCUUUCUCUCUGUGUCUGUGUGUGUGUGUUACCAGGGCCAGGUGGAGAUCGAGGACCAGGUGGAAGGGCUGCAGUAUGUGUCGGAGAGGUUCAACUUUGUGGACCUGAGUCGCGUGGCCAUCCACGGCUGGUCCUACGGCGGCUUCCUCUCCCUCAUGGGCCUCAUUCAGAGACCCAACGUCUUCAAGGUGAGAUGCACCACAGUAAAAGGCACCAUUCUGAGACAAUAGAAUCUCUAGAUCUCGAUUGGACUGGGCUGAGGUUAAUUCCACAAAGUUUCAUUCCCUUCCUUCUACUAUUUCCUUCUCCUUAAAAUCAGAGUGGACUGUAUUGAUUAUGUAAUGGACCAUAGAUGGGAUAGGUUUGAUUAAGUAUGGUAUUCUGUAGAUGUAGUUUUCCCAUUUGUCCUCAUGGUGUCACUGUGGAUUACACGUCAUUCCAUACUGCAGUUCCUACAGUAGUCUUAGCUCACAGUGCCUGUCCAUGGUGGUACUGCUCUACACAGCACACUGGCAAAGACCAACAAGAGUAUAUCUCUCACCAGCACUCCAGAGGUAACAGGAGGCCUAUUCAGGCUCUUGUCAAUAUGUACAUUACUGCUUGACAGAAACCGCGCUUCAUUGAACCAUGAAACUGAAACCGCAAUGAACUGAAGUUUAGACAUGCCACAACUCACUGCAUGCCACAACCCCGUUAUCCUGAACCAAAUCCCACAGGCAUCCAUCUUCUCAAACGCUGUUCGACCUGUCAUGUUGUGCUAACCGCUAAUGAUGGAAAUUUGCGCAAACUGAAGUGUGACGGUACAAUGCAUCUGACAUUUUGUUGUUUCAAUGUGGUCAUGUCUUAAUCGUGUCUGUCCCAAUAGAGGUUGUGGAGGGAGAAAUAGCAGGACAUGCUAAUUUAAGUGCUGUCCCUACUGAAAUAAACAAGUAAAAUCAAUGGAGAAAAAAAUGGCAAUGUUGUUGUUCCUUUCAGGUGGCCAUAGCGGGCGCCCCAGUGACCGUGUGGAUGGCGUACGACACGGGCUACACGGAGCGCUACAUGGAUACGCCUGAGAACAACCAGCAGGGCUACGAGGAGGGCUCCGUGGCUCUGCAUGUGGACAAGCUGCCCAGCGAGUCAGUCCCUGUUUACUGCACUCUAUACAAUUGAACGAAUCAAAGAAAUAAGAACAGCCUACUUAUCUAACUAUAUAUACUGUAGAUAACACUUUUGUAUUCUGGGUAUGAUGGUAGGCCCUCAAGAGGUCAGAUGUAGGUAUUGUAAUGUGACCGCACAAUUCUAUUUUACUUUCCAUUUUGUUAAUCAUUGUUGGUUUAUAACAGGCAUGGGAUUUGAGCAAAGAAUGUCCCAGCUCAAAUUUCAAGGACAGAUGGGAUGUUAUUGAGUUUCUCCAUAGACAUUUCUACAGGGGCGCAACUUUGGUUUUAGAAGUGGGAGGGACAUAACCUUUUUUCUUUUUUUUUAUCCGGUGGGAUAAACACUCCAAACAGCCUCCCCGACCACUCUGAGGUGUCCGCAUGGUCCUAAAGCACGCCGUUGCCUCGUUUUUGAUCACAUUCCAAUGACAAAACUGGGGGGGACAAAAAUGCAAUUUCAGAAUGUGGGGGGGACAUGUCCCCCCCCGUCCCCAGUGAAAGUUGCGCCCCUUUAUUUCUAUCUGUAUACAUUUCAAAAACCCAGGAUAUACUUCAUAUUGUAUAGUAUAAAUUCAAAAAAAGGGGGCAACAUGAUAAUAUAACCUGUUUUAGUUUUCAUGUGGUUUUUAUGUCCAUUUCCAUCCUUUGAAACCCUCUCCUUGUCCUCCCAGGCCAAACCGCUUGCUGAUUUUACAUGGAUUCCUCGACGAGAAUGUACACUUUUUCCACACCAACUUCCUGGUGUCACAAAUAAUCCGCGCUGGGAAGCCAUAUCAGCUACAGGCGAGUAUUUUACUUUUUCUAAAAUUAUUGAUGUGCUUUUCACAUUUCUAAAUCAGUCUUAAAGGCAGGUUAUGGAUAACUUAUAGUCGCUGUGGGCCAUAGGCAUAGCAGCUUCUGCUGAUUAUCAUCUUAAUCACUUUGGUUGACGUUUUGACAGUGCAAUAACACAGUGCAGCUGUCAAAUUAGACAGCUUUGCUUAAACACUGUUGGAAUGCAACAGUUGGGCAACUACUGUACACUGUGCAUCAACUAUCUCUACGGUACUGAUAUAUUUUCUCCCUAACAUUGUGUGUGGUCCUCUGUAGCUCAGCUGGUAGAGCACGGCGCUUGUAACGCCAAGGUAGUGGGUUCGAUCCCCGGGACCACCCAUACACAAAAAAAAUGUAUGCACGCAUGACUGUAAGUCGCUUUGGAUAAAAGCGUCUGCUAAAUGGCAUAUUAUUAUUAUUAUUAUUGUUGCACAAUUAGAGAAAAUACUGCUACAGUCUCUUCCAUGUGCUGUGAAAGUGUGGCCAAUAAGAAUACAUUGGUAUGCACUUACAGUGGGCUCCAAAAUUACUGGCACCCCUGACUGGCAAUGCACAAACAAUACUUUAAAAAAUAUAAACAAUAUAAUUAUAGAGAAACUUAAAAUACCAACAUGUGAGAAAUACUGUACUAUAUUAAUGUUCCAAUGGAACCCACCAAAAUCAUUUAUUGAUUUAAUUAAAAAUCAAUCUCCUCCAAAUCAAAGUUUCACAAUUAAUGGCACCCUUAAAGAUUAUUGUAAAAAAACAUCUACCAAAAUUAAACCAGGAAUUAAAUUCCACUUAUUUAAGUUUAUCUAAGUCUUAAGGAACUAUAUAGAGCCAUUACAUCACUUCCUGUUUCACUAGGGUAUAAAAAUGAGGUAACGCAUGCAAUAUCCCUUUGUCAUCCAACACCAUGAAGAAAACAAAAGAACUGGCAGUUCAAAAGAGACAGAUGGUUGUAGACCUUCAUAAAUCUGGUAAUGGCUACAAGAAAAUCCACAAACGAUUGAAUAUACCACUGAGCACUGUCAGGGCAAUUAUUAACAAAUUAAAAAGAUAUGGAACAGUUGAAAACCUCACGGGUAGAGGACGCAAAUGCAUUUUGCCCACCAGGAUAGGGAGGAGGAUGGUGAGAGAAGCAACAAAAUCCCCAAGAAUCACUGUGAAAGAAUUGCAGGCCACAGGCGCUUUGGAAGGGUUGCCAGAAGAAAGCCCUUUCUGACCACAAGACACAGACGCAAGCUCUUGGAGUUUGCCAAACGUAAUUAAAAUUAUGACUGGAAGAAAGUGCUCUUGUCAGAUGAGACCAAAAUUGAACGUUUUGGUCAGAUUCAGCAUCGGCAUGUUUGGCGUCAACAGAGAUGCAUACAAGGAGAGGCACCUCAUAUCCACGGUGAAAUAUGGUGGUGGGUCAGUGAUGUUUUGGAGCUGUUUUAAUUCUAAAGGUCCAGGGGCACUGGUUAAGAUUGAUGGCAUAAUGAAUUCCACCAAGUAUCAGGCAUUUUUGGCUGACAAUCUGGUUGCCUCUGCCAGAAGGCUGGGACUUGGCCGUAGGUGGACUUUCCAACAAGACAAUGACCCAAAACAUACCUCAAGAUCCACACAGAAAUGGUUCUGUGACAACAAAAUCAAUGUUCUGCCAUGGCCAUCUCAGUCGCCGGACCUCAAUCCAAUCGAAAAUCUAUGGGCUGAGUUGAAAAGGGCAGUUGAUAAGCGCAAACCCAAAAAUGUGAAGGAUCUUGAAAGGAUCUGCAUAGAGGAAUGGUCCAAAAUCCUUCCAAAUGUGUUCCUUAACCUUGUCAAACAUUACAGGAAAAGACUCCAUGCGGUUAUCCUUGCCAGAGGUGGUUGCACUAAGUACUAAAUGAGGAGUGCCAAUAAUUAUGAAACCUUGAUUUUGGUUACAUUUAUUUUGUAUUAAAUAAUUGUAUGAUUUUGGUUGGUUCCAUUGAAACAUUAAUAAAGUACAGUAUUUCUCACAUGUUGGUAUUUUGAGUUUACCUGGGGCGGCAGGUAGUUUAGUGGUUAAGAGCGUUGUGCCAGUAACCGAAAGGUCGCUGGUUCUAAUCCCCGAGCCGACUAGGUGAAAAAUCUGUUGACGUGCCCUUGAGCAAGGCACUUAACCCUAAUUGCUCCUGUAAGUGGCACUGGAUAAGAGCGUCUGCUAAAUGACUAAAAUCUAAAAUGUAUAAUUAUAUUGUUUAUAUUUUUUUAAGUAUUGUUUGUGCAUUGCCAGUCAGGGGUGCCAGUAAUUUUGGAGCCCACUGUAUAUAGCAUGAAGCCAAUGACUUUAAUUAACGACUAAACUGUCAAUUAAAAAUGAAAGCCAGCAGACCAGAAAGUUGGGCCUCCUUAUAACUCUACAGCUCCUUGGUAUGAAUGGGUUUCAGGGAAUUUUGCGUUUUCAGAACAUUGCAGAUUGUAUCUAGCUGGAGUCACAUGUACUGUUAUUUUUACUGUAAUUUUACUGCAUUUAUUUUUUACUUAUCUAUUGUUAACUUAACACUUAUUUUUCUUAAAACUGCAUUGUUGGUUAAGGGCUUGUAAGUAAGCAUUUCACUGUAAGGUCUACACCUGUUGUAUUUGGCGCAUGUGACAAAUACAAUUGGAUUUUAUUUUAUUUGUAUGUACUGAAGCAGGAAUUAGUGGUUGAUUUUCCUCUGUUGUUUUGCAGGUCUACCCCAACGAGCGACACAGUAUUCGCUGCCCAGAGUCAGGAGAACACUACGAGAUCAUGCUGCUGCACUUUCUACAACAAUACCUC